AUGGAUUUGAAGUAUGCCGUCUUUGCAUUAGUUUUAGUAGUGUAUUGUUCAUCAUUUCAAGAGACAGAUAUCGAACCUCCGUAUGUUAAAUUUUGCAAACGGAAAAGUUGCUUACCUGUGCAAAAUAAUUCCCAAGUUCUUUCUUACUGUCAGAGGAAAGAAUUGAUGAUGGAUGGAAGAUGCUGCAUACAUUAUAAUGGAACUAGCAACAUUACACUUGGCAUGGAUUUGAGUAAUUGUGAUAUAGAAGAACUACACGCAGAAAUGUUUGCAGCAUUUAACAGUGUUGAAGUUUUAAUGUUGCAAAAUAAUCCAUUUCCUAAAUUUAAAGCCAUGCAUUUUGUGGGUCUGACCAACCUCACAGAAUUAUAUCUUCCACUGUUAAAUGGUACCUGCCCUGGAGGUAAUCAAUCAUGGGAAAGCAUAGAAGUUCAGAACAGUAUUGCAAUGUGUUUCAAUGAAGAAGAUACAUGCAAAUCUCAUAAUUUAACUUGUCCUCCCAAUGCAUAUUGUACAACUGCUGGACCUGGUUCAGCUACUUGUACAUGUGUUAAAGAUUAUUAUGGCUACAAAUGCAUGCGAACAGGCCAUUUCCCUAUGCUUGUCUAUACAGUGUCUGCUGCUGUUGGUAUAACGACAUUAUCAUUAUUCUUGUGGCUUAUGCGAAGAUUCAAUGGAACAAAAGUCUGA